AUGGUCAGAACAGCAGCCGAUAAUGGCGGCAGCACGGAGACGUGGCAGACAUCAGCAGACGACAGAGCCCAAGAUUUAGCGCCAGAGAGCGGCCUGUCUCGCCAUCUGUCGGCUUCGCACGGCCCACCAAUGACGUCACUUCCCAGACUUCUCCUAACGCUCGGAGAAUCAGACAGACAAAAUGCUUUUAAGAGAUUCCCAGGAAAACUCAGAAAAAGCGAGAGAUCAGAGCACCCUUGGGGGGAGUCGGCCCUAGGGUCAAACCCCGAGCAGGUCGCUAGACCGGAAGCCUACGAGCUGGAGCGAAAGUUCGAGAUUGUGUACCAGAACGUCAUCACCCCGGGCUUGAACGCCAACGUCAUCACGUUCAGCGCCGGCGUCACCAACACCACUGACGUCAUCAGGAGUUUCAACAGCUGCCUGGACGCCGCGCUGUUAAACAGCACUUCCGGUUUGACCGAGGUGCAGAACACCACCCUCCCCCACCCUAAAAACUACUCCCUGCUCUUCAUGGUCGUCGCCUCCGCCCUCUCGUCCGUCAUUUUCGUCUUCGGUUUCCUCGGCAACAUCCUGGUGGUGGUGGUGAUCGCGCGCACCCGCAGCAUGCACACGACCACCAACUGCUACCUGCUGAGUCUGGCAGUGGCCGACAGCAUCGUCUUGCUCGCCGGGACACUUCCGGCCAUCCCGGAGCCGUUCUUUAAAGUGGACGAGUGGCCUUACGGGCGGCUCAUGUGCCCUCUCUUGAUCUUCCUGCAGUACCUGGGCGUGGACAGCUCGUCCCUGUCCAUCACCGCCUUCACCAUCGAGCGCUACAUCGCCAUCUGCCACCCCAUGAAGGCCCACACCAUGUGUACGGUCAGCAGGGCCAAGAAGAUCAUCGCCAUCUUGUGGAUCUUCACCCUGCUCUACUGCUCCCCCUGGCUGGGUCUUAUAGAUGUGUUGACACAUACAAGAGAUGCCACCCCCAUCAAGACCUGCAAGUUUCGCCUGGACAGGUCCAGCUACACCACCCUGUACAUGAUCGACCUCAUCCUCUUCUACGUCAUCCCUCUCAUCAUCGCUACCGUCCUCUACCUCCUCAUCGGAAGGAUUUUAUACCUCAGCAAGUCUAUACGCAAGAACGACAGACUCCCAAAGCACAGGUCGCCCAAACGGAGGGCCGACUCUAGAGUCCAGGUUGUGCGGAUGUUGAUUGUGGUAGUGGCGUCGUUCGCCUCCCUGUGGCUGCCCUACCGUGCGGCUGUGGUCUACAACAGCUUCGCCCUCAAGAAGUACACGGACAUGUGGUUCCUGCUGUUUGCCCGCACGAUGAUCUACGUGAACUGCGCCAUCAACCCGGUGCUCUACAACAUCAUGUCCGUCAAGUUCAAGCGCGCCUUCAGGAACCACCUCAACUGCUGCAACCGGCGUGACUCGAUGCCUGCGACGAACUCGACUGAAGUCGGCACCGACGUGUGGGCCACUCGCAGACAGACCGUCAGCCUACAGCAGCAGAACCAGCUGGCGCAGUACCACCGCUACAGCAUCAGCAACAGGCUCGCCUACAACAACGGCAACAAAGUCGUCAGUCCAAGUCACGUGUCAGGGGGCGUGACCUCCGGCUCCCACAGCUACCAGCACCUGCUCCAGUCGUCCUACCAGCAGGACGGUCUAAGCUCGCCCCGGCUUCACAAGAUGCACACCGGCUUCAGCUCCGACACGGCGGAGCAGUCGGUGUAG